AUGCAUCUCCAGUGCUUGGUUAUUGUCCUGAGUGUGUACUUAGGAAUCAAUGACGCCACAACGGGCCUUGGCAACCAGCGGUUGAAUUCUUUGAGCUUAAAAAUAGAACCACAGGCAAUAACUACCAGUUUGGAAGAACCAGCACACUUUUGGCUUGUGGCAAAUGGUUUCCUCUCGACUGAUACAAACGUUACCAUUACCUGGGAAUGGAAUGAAGCUAUCGAGAUUCUGCCAGAAAGUAUCACAAUAUCCCCAUCGAACCGAACCUUACCAUUUGAAGAAUGGUUUCCGGUGCAGGCAACUUCCACACUGCAAGGACGUUUCCUUAUCCGUCCUUUAGUCCUACCACCAGCACUGGUCGACGAAAGCCGGCUAUUCGCACAGCUAAAGGUGGCCAAGUAUCAACCGCUGAUAAUCUUAUCAAUGCUUAUUGGAUGGACGUACACGGUGUGCUGGACAAUCGGCGAUUACUUCCAGGCGUGGACCAGCUACAAACGUAAAAGCGUCGUUGGGUUAAGCUUCGACUUUUUGUGCUUAAAUGUGGUAGGAAAUUGCUGUUACGCUACAUUUAAUGUGCUGCUGUUUUGCAACAGUCAUAUUGAGUCAGAAUACUUCAAUCGAAACCCUUUCGGAUUGAAUCCAGUGAUAGCGAACGAUGUCGCCUAUGCGGUACACGCCGUCUUCGGGAACGUCGUCCUUAUUGUCCAAUGCUACAUUUACCAAAGCAAUGGAAACGUGGUGUCACUUCCGGUUAAGAUGUUCAUGACCGGAUGCGUGGUAUUGGUCGCCGUUUUCUGCGCUUUGACACUCGCUGGUCAGCUGCACUGGUUGGACUUUCUUUACAUGCUGAGCUACGUGAAGCUUUCGACAAAUUUGGUGAAAUAUAUUCCCCAGGUGUUUAUGAACUACCGGCGAAAGAGUACUGAAGGUUUCGCUAUUUCUAACCGAUUGCUGGACUUGGCCGGUGGACUGUUGAGCUUGCUGCAAAUGAUACUGAAUGGCUGGAAUUUCGAUGAUUGGCAAUCCAUCCUCGGAAGCCCGAACGAGUACUACCGGCGGCAUCAAUUCGGACUAAAUCCCGUGAUCGGAAAUGAUAUCGGAUUUGCCAUGCAUGCCGUGUUUGGGACAGGGUUCACGAUCCUGCAGUGCCGAAUGUAUGACACCGGUGGCAACAGUGUAUCCACGCCGGCCAAGGCUAUCAUCUCGGUGUACAUGAUGAUCAUCACCAUCACGUUCAGUGCGGCUGCGUUACGGCUUAUGCACUGGUUGGAUUUUUUGUACAUCAUGAGCUACAUCAAACUGUCCACGACCAUGAUCAAGUACUUCCCGCAAGCUUACAUGAACUAUCGGCGCAAGAGUACUGAAGGUUUCGAAAUUCUCAACCGAUUAUUGGAUUUAGCCGGGGGUUUGUUCGGUAUCCUCCAGAUGGUUAUCAACGCGUGGAACUUUGAUGAUUGGAGGUCAAUCGGAGGUGAUCCGGUCAAGUUUGGGCUUGGCAUUUUUUCCAUACUCUUCGAUUUGGUGUUCAUGUUUCAACACUACAUCCUCUAUAGGAAACGCAAACCUGCCAAACCUGUCGAAUAUCCUCUGUAUGAGCAGUCUUUUAAGAUGUGA